UAUGGCUAGUUCUGCAAGCAACUAAGUUAAGACAGGAAAUGAGAGACAAAAGAGUGUCACUAUAUUCUGCAGCAGAACUGUUGGCUUGAAAUGUAAAUCUGGCAACUUAUAUUGUCUUUUGGAUCAUUUAAAAAAAUAUGGGUAAAGCUUACUUUGUAUGUUAUUGUUGGCUUUCAAGAUUUUGAGCUGGGUUAGGAGUUGUAUGUAUCUCAUAGUCAUAGACAUGUCAGCUUGUUGUUGGCGACAUAUAGCUGUUAAAGAGAUGUAACUGGGUUUGUAGACCAGAUAAAAGCUUGAGCACAACGUGUUUACAGCUAUAGAUGUGUUCUAGAUCACAGAAAACAAACAAAAGCUUGAGCACAUCAUUGAUCAAACCAUCAUGCUCGUUUCAUUGGAUAGUUCCCAGUGCCACUCUCUGUAGGUUUAGUAGUUUUCUUCGUCUUCUUUGGCUCACCUAGAGUUAAACAAUUAACAAGAACAUGUCAGUAAACAUCAGAAGUAAAAAGAGAAUGCUCUGCUUUCUUACAUCUAAUAUCUUCUAAUAUCUAAUACGCUAAUUAAAACCUAUAAAUUUCAAAAAACCAAACAAAAUUGGGAGUAAUUCUUCAAAAUGUGUAUAUUCGUUGGACCCAUAGAGCGCCUUAAAAACGAAAGGCUAAGCCCAAACAUAGAAGGCGAUAGAUAGAUAAACCAGAGGAGAGAAGGAGCACUGAGAGCCAAACAGAAAUAAUUCGGGAUUAGGGUUAAUCUCUCUCCCAAACUCCGCCCAAUCUCUCUUUCUCUCUCUCACCGCCGCGCGCAACUAUAACCGCUACCUAUAUAUUCACACACACACACACACUGGUUACUGCUUCUCAGCUAUCAUGAGCGGUCAAACCUCUUGUAAUAAUGACCGAACGAGAACGUACUGGACCCCAACGAUGGAGCGUUUCUUCAUAGAUCUAAUGCUCGACCAUCUCCACAGAGGCAACAGAACCGGCCACACUUUCAACAAGCAAGCCUGGAACGAGAUGCUCUCCGUUUUCAACUCCAAGUUCGAGUCACAGUACGACAAAGACGUGUUGAAGAUCCGGUACACGACUCUUUGGAAACAGUACAACGACGUCAAGAGCCUUCUUGAUCACGGAGGGUUCUCUUGGGACCAGAGUCAUGAGAUGGUGGUCGGAGAUGAGAGUCUGUGGAGUUGUUAUCUCAAGUCUCAUCCUGAGGCUCGUGCGUACAAGACCAAACCUGUGUUGAAUUUUGAUGAUCUGUGUUUGGUCUAUGGGUAUACGGUUGCAGAUGGGAGGUACAGUAGGUCAAGCCAUGAUGUAGAGUUUGAGGAUGAGAUCAAUGGAGUUAACAUUGGUGAAAGUAGUAGUGGGAGUCUUGUUAUGUCAAGUAAAGAAACCUCGAAAACCGAGUGGACUCCGGUAAUGGACCAAUACUUCAUCAGCCUUAUGCUUGAUCAAAUCGGAAGAGGUAACAAGACUGGCAAUGCUUUCAGCAAACAAGCCUGGACAGAUAUGUUAGCUUUGUUCAAUGCUAGGUUCAGUGGUCAGUAUGGUAAAAGAGUCUUAAGGCAUAGGUACAACAAGUUGUCUAAAUACCACAAAGACAUGGGAGCUAUCUUGAAACAAGACGGGUUUUCGUGGGACGAAACUCUUCAAAUGAUAGCUGCAGAUGAUGUCUUUUGGAACUCUUACAUCAAGGAGCAUCCACUUGCUAGAACAUAUAGGAUGAGGUCAUUACCAAGCUACAACGACUUGGAGUUAAUAUUUGCUAAUCCAGUCCAAGGCAAAGAUGAUGCUGUGCCAGAUGAGAAUAAGGCGAGCCAAGCUCAGAGUUCUGAUCGUACAAGGACGUUUUGGACACCGCCGAUGGACAACUAUCUGAUCGAUUUGUUAUAUGACCAAGUGAACAAAGGGAACAGAGUUGGACAAACUUUCAUAACAAGCGCUUGGAACGAAAUGAUUACAUCGUUUAAUACCAAGUUCGAGUCUCAGCACGGCAGAGACGUUCUGAAGAACCGGUAUAAACACUUGAGGAGGUUGUACAACGACAUAAGGUUUAUUCUCGAGCAAAACGGGUUCUCGUGGGAUGCAAGGAGAGAUAUGGUUGUUGCUGAUGAUAGCGUUUGGUGUUCAUAUAUAAAGGGACAUCCAGAAGCUCGACCAUAUCGAGUGAAAACUAUUCCAAUUUACCCAAAUCUUUGCUUCAUUUUUGGUAAGGAAGUGUCUGAUGGGAGAUACACACGCUUGGCUCAAGAUUUUGAUCCUACUCCGGCAGAAACUGUGCGCAUAAACGAAAGUGAAAGCGAAGAUGGAUUCAAGGAAACUUUCCAGAUGGUGGUGCAUGCCGCCGGUGAAGAGAAAGAUGAUUACCUCUGUAGCAGCAGUGGUCCUUCUCCUGUAGAAUGGACAGCGGUCAUGGACCGUUGUCUUAUUGAUCUCAUGCUUGAGCAGGUCAAUAGAGGAAAUAAAGUUGGUGAGACAUUCACAGAACAAGCUUGGGGGGAGAUGGCAGAAUCCUUCAAUGCAAAGUUCGGAUUGCAGGCUGACAUGUUUACUCUGGAGAAUCGUUACAUAUUGAUGAUGAAAGAGCGUGACGACGUCAACAACAUCCUUAAUCUUGAUGGCUUUGUUUGGGAUGGAGAGAAGCAAACCAUUGUUGCAGAAGAUGAACAUUGGGAUGCAUAUAUUAAGGAACAUCCAGAUGCAACUAUAUAUAAAGGCAAAACCUUGGAUAGUUACGGUGAUUUGUGCAAGCUAUAUGAACAUCUCUCACACGAAGGGUUCAACUGUGAGAAUCUCAUGAUAGAGUUGGAUAACUAUGGCCAUGAGAUUGAUAUAGUUGAUGACUUUAGUUCUUCUACUCAAAAGCAGCAUUGUAAGCGAGCCAACCCAACUCCACAUCUUGGGAUAAAUGCACGCAAGGCUCAGAAGACGGGAGGAGAGAUGAUGAGGAAGCCUCAGAGUGAGACAGAAGGUGAAGGCGGUGAUUACGUGGAGGCCAUGCCUCAGGAGGAUAAUUUCACAAGAAUACAGAACGCUGUUGAUGCACUGCAAGCUUUACCAGACAUGGAUGAUGAGCUUCUGCUGGAUGCUUGUGAUCUUUUAGAAGAUGAGAAGAAAGCAAAGACGUUCUUGGCAUUGGACGUCUCUUUAAGAAGAAAAUGGCUGGUGAGGAAGCUUCGGCCUCCUUCGUCUAACGUUUAAGCAGUUUGUGUCUCUCUAUUUCUACCCAAAUUUGUAAGCGCAGCAGAAUAGUUUAUGUAACGUUGUAAAAGUAUGUGGUGAUCUUAGAUACACAAUCUUUAGGGUUGGGCAAAAUAUCCGGAACCAAAAAACUGACCCGAAAAUCAAGGUCCCGAACCUGAUCGGACCGGGCUAAAUAACUGAAUGGGUUCUAAAUUGAUGUAUCCAAAGAACUGGUAUCUAAUCCGAUCUGAAUCGAGAAUAGAAUGAGUAUCAGAAGAUAUCAGAAAUAUAAAUAUAUAUCUAUAAAUAUUAUGUAUAAAUAUAUGAAUAAUUAUUUAAAUUAAAUAUAUUAGUUAUUUUCAAUAUUUUUGUGUAUUUUCUGGAUAAAAUAUGAUAGUUGAAUAGAAAUAUUCAAACAAAACCGUAUUUAAUGAAUAUUUUUGGUUAUUUUUUGGUACAUUUAGAUAGUUUAGAUAUAAAAUAUCCGAACCGAAUCGGAUAAUAAGGUUACUUUGGAUACUAUUAUCCGAACCCGUUUCAGAUAUAUUCGGUUAUUUUCAUGUUCCAUUACAUCAGAACCGAAUCCAUCCAGAUCCAGAAAGAUCCGACUCGAACCCGACCCAAAAUUUUAUAACAUCUAAAUGAGGUCUAAUUUCCAAACCUGGAAACAUAAUACCUGAAAAAACCGAUCAGUACCCGAAUGGAUACUCGAAUGCCCAGACCUAUAUAAGAUAACAUAACUUUAUUUAGUGAAAUUUAACGUGUGGUGAAAGUAAAGAAAGAGAGCAUAGUGCCUUGGAUGAAGACAGAGGGUUUCAAGGACAAGUCUAACCCGUAAACCCAUCUCUCUCUCACACACACAGAUGAGACAAAGAAAGCAUGCUGGUAGUUAGUUGGGUGUGCUCUCUCAAGUCUCAUAGACGACAAUAAAAAGAGAGAGAGAGAGAGAGAGAGAAAAUGAAAAGCGAUCAAACAAUGGCGAUAAAACACCUCACUGCUACCGCAUAUGGCGCUGUCUACGGAGCUAUUUCCGGCGGUAUAAUAGGAAUGGUCAUGACCCCACUGCUCCAGCCUCACUUUCGAGUCCUAGGCCUCGCCCCACUGAGUCAAAAUGUGUUUAUGCUUUCAAAAUGUGUGUUCUUUGGUUAAACCAAACCCUGUUUAUGUUUUGACAGCUUGCUCCUAGCAUCAGGUGCUGGGUUGGCAUACUCUUUUGUGAGACAAGGCUUGAAAGUCCGACCUGCAAACGCACUCUUCAACGUUGCUGCUUUCACUUUUGUGUCAGGACCAACGUUUCAGGUGAUUCAUCCUUCAUUAGAUUAUAUACCUUCUUCUUACUUAGCACGGUUUUUUUGUUUUUCCUUCAGCUGAGGGAAACAAUCAGAGCAAGAAGUGGAGAUUCCACCAGGGGCAAGGCUUUUGAUACUUGAUCAUAUCAAAAGCUUUGAAUACAAGCUUCUCUACUCUCACAUGGAUCAAAAUAUAGGAAUUGAAUCCAACCAUGGUCUGCUGUUUUGAGUGCAGGUACCUUAAGAUGAGGAAAGCACUAAUUUGACCCCCUACCCUUUUGUCUAAUAUGGUGGUGAUGUAGAAUCUUAGAUGUUGUUUGUAAUAAUAAACUUGCUAGUUUGUAAUAAUAACCUUAAGACUUAACCACCUAUGAAUGUUCGAAGCCAAGAACAUAACUUUUUUCACUGAAAUUUUAUGUCUGCUUAAAGUAAAAAAAAAACAACUUUAUUGAAAUAUCAAGCAUCAACGAACCUCUUAGUCUAACAUCCAACGAUUUCUUCAAUCGUUUUCGCCAUUUGUGGAGUGAGAGGAUUCUUCCAAUCACCAAUGAUACAAGAAAUGAAUAACCCAAGGCAUUGGUCUUUUAGGAAAGUCCCAUCUUCAUGCAUCUUUCACCCAAAGAAGAUUACCUCUGUAGCAGCAGUGGUCUUUCUUACAAGGUGUGUCUGAAUUUUGGCAGGAACAUCCAGAUGCAACUAUAUAUAAAGGUAGAACCUUGGAGAGUUAUGGUGAUUUGUGCAAGCUAUAUGAACAUCUCUCACACGAAGGCUUCAACUGUGAGAAUCUUAUGAUCGAGUUGGAUAACUAUGGCCAUGAGAUUGAUAUGGUCGAUGACUUUAGUUCUUCUACUCACAAGCAGCAUUGUAAGCGAACCAACCCAAUUUCAAAUCCGGGGAUAGAUGCACGUAAGGCUCAGAAGACGGGAGUGGAGCUGAUGAGGAAGCCUCUAAGUGAGGCAGAAGGUGAAGGCGAGGAUAAAUUCACAAGAAUAUAGAAGGCCGUUGAUGCACUACAAGCUUUACCAGACAUGGAUGAUGAGCUUCUACUGGAUGCUUGUGAUCUUUUAGAAGAUGAGAAGAGAGCAAAGACGUUCUUGGCUUUGGACGUCUCUUUAAGAAGGAAAUGGCUAGUGAGGAAGCUCCGUCCUCCUUCGUCUAACGCCUAACGUUUAAGCAGUGUGUGUGUCUCUCUAUUUCUACUCAAAUUUGUAAGCACAGCAGAAUAGUUUAUGUAAUGUUGUAAAAGUAUGUGGUGAUCUUAGAUACACGAUCAAAA